GAAUGUUUAUUAAACCCAGCUCCUUGGUUGGUUACAAGCCGAAAUCGGCACUCAUGCUGACCCGACCCUGGCCUUCUUUCUAGUCUAUUGGGUUAGAGCUGAACAAUAAUUGUCGAUUGUGACUCCGACAACCGCUUCGAGCCUCAUCAUUUUCUAUAUCAUCGUCUUGACUGAAGAGCUAUCUUCGAGUCGUAUUUUCCAAGUUAUUAAAUGGCUUUGGCCUCUUCAUUUCAUCCUUCAUUCCAAUCUGCCACCGCUGUAUGCAGAACUAAAUGCCGUCACCGUCCCGGCGACCAAAUGGACGGCCAGAAGCUUGCGAUCCAUGUCGUGCACGCAAAGUCGCCUGUGAUCACAGACGACCUAUUUGUAUGCGAUGCCAGAGGAGAGGAGACAAUUGUGUCUACACAGCAUCACCCGCAAUAUCACGAGUCAAAGCUUCGAUUCAGUCUAGUCCAGGUCUCUCACCCCAACCUGCCAAGCCAAUGACGCGAGACUACGCAUUUAGUCCAGGCUACCUCGGUUUUACAAGCUACAACUCGGUCUUUCAAGGAGCUCGAGAGAGUCUGUCUCUUUCUGACACAGGCUCUGAAUUUCCCAGCCCAGAGGUAGCAAGCCCUGGAAGCGAUGAUGUUUGUUUACGCAGUUUGCCUUUGCCAACACAGCAAAUGUGCCUUGUUGUACUGCAGUAUCUUCCGGGACGACCAGAAGCACAUAUGAUAUUCCAUGACGAACCUGGUCCUGAAAACACCACGAGUUGGUCUCACACAGCUGUAUCAAGGAUCAUUAAGUCUCUGCGGCAACUUUUUCAAAGCUUUGAGGGCAGUAAAUGCUUCGACGAGCAGGUUGCUGAUGUGCUGUGCCGCAACACUUCAAAGCCUGUCAACGAUACCUUUGAUAGUUUUGAUGAAUGGAUAGCCCAGUUCUGUGGGCCAAACAUCCGAUGGGAAUCGAUAGGGCUUCUGUGGGCUCAUCUCGAAGGUCUUUCAGAUGCAAUAUCCACCCUAACAUAUCGUCAGCUUCAAUGGGUUGAAGGCAAGCGAUCAUCUGUUCUCUCGCACGAUCACAUGCAUUACUGCAUUGAGAUAGCGCGCCGUUUCACAGCUGGCAACAAUAUGCUCCUUGAUCUCUGUCGACGACAUGCAGCUCUUGGAACAAUGGUUUAUGGCGAUGCUAGCCCUGUAUACUGGAACUCCCACAGUCUAUGUGUUUCUAUGCUGCUUUUCUUGGGCCUUCAUGCUUCGGGAGAGGCAUCGAGGCCACAAACACAGCCCCGAAAGCCUUCGUUUUGUGUCGAACAUAAACGUUUACUCUACAGCUACAUCUUUGCAAAUGACAAAUCCGAGGUCUCCUUUACUGGUAGACCACCACUUCUAAGUCGCCGCUAUUGCUCAUCAGUGCCGCCAUUGGACUUGACGGAUAGCUGUAUGGUAUCUGAGGAUACGCUGAUGGAAGAGCGUAACGCUCUCGAUGACAGGGGCUGGAACACGAAGGGUGAGAUUUCCAGCAACAGUUACAUACGGGCUCGCUACUUGAUGGCGUAUGUCUUUGACGAGGUGAUAGAAGUGGCACUUGGCAACGAUACCCAUGCCACGCUUGAAUAUCUUCAAAAUAUCAAAGCCCGGGUGAUGCAAACAUUUCUCGACAUGCCUUCGCAUUUGAUUUUCAAGUUUGAAGAUCUAGAUGAUCCGCAUCUUGACAUAAAUGUUCUUUAUCUAAGAAUAUUGCUUCAUCUCGCUCAUCGAAAAGAUGUCUUUGUGGUCGAGAGAUUGCUUCUUACGCAUGGUGCCAUAGAUGAUGGCUCUUUACUUGCAACUAGUUUUGAUUUAGUCAAAGUAACGGUCAUGCUCUGGAUACAUAAAAAUCGCUUUGCGCCUAUGCGGCGGAACUUUGAAUGGCUUCUGGUAGCGUACGGGGCACUAGGAGGAGGCAUUCUCUGUCAAGAACUACUUCGACCAACCUUCUUAGGGGUUCAUCCCUUGAAUCCUGCUCUUUCACGGUCCAACAUCGUCCAACAACUGAGUUUGCUCGUUGCUUUCUUGAACUGGGUCGGUCCCAGUUCGCCAAACAGAGUUGUUUGUGGAGACUGCGAAGCAAUCAUUCAGCGUGUGCUUGAUGAGCAUUUGAACUCCGAACCAACUGGUAAUACAGACCUGGUACCGUUAGAUAUAGGGGUUCCUCCGUCUCUAACAUUCGGGUUCGAGUUGCUCAAUACAUUUGAGUGGCUCCAGAACGGCAUUCAGAGAGUGUGAAGGUGGUUUUGAAAAGUUGAUCAAGGACUACUGAGGAACUUGUAUAGUCAAAUCACGUCACGUCCGGAGAGAUAAAAUGCAGCAAAAGAUCCCAUUGUAGAAAGGAUGUUCCUCGUGGGCUAGGAGGAAACAAAACUCAAGACCUCAAUCCUAAAUGAUAAAAAGGCUAAGGUAACUCAGUAUAAGUUUAGGCUAUCUUUACUAAGGUUAGGAUACCUUUUGCUUAGUUUAGUUUAAUACUCUAUAUUAAGAUUCUAUA